CCUCCCCUUCCUCGCGAUUAAACUGUAACUGCUAAGUUACUGUGAUCAAAGUUUUUGUUUGCCACUAACCAAGGGUCGGAAAAGCUGUUUGACCGGGCCGGUGUGAAUUUAUAUCAAAGUGUGUUGUACUUGAAUAAUACUGACGUUAAAUGAUGAAGAGGAGGCUCGUUAAACAGGCGGAUUCAUCCUCUGCGGCCAGCGGAGUCCAGAGGACCGCCAGAGUCCAGAGGAAGGACGGGACACCGUCCCGAUGGUGGCUGAAAAGAGGCUUAUUGGCCCUCUUUGUUAUCUUCAUUUUGGUGCCUUUCUCGCUGAGAAUACUCCCAGGAUUAAUCCAGCACCUUGUUUACACUCACAGAAUCAGGGUGCCACUCUUUGUUGACCUCAGCCGACCUGCUGAUCUCUCCCUUAAUCACACCAUCAACAUGUACUUAACAUCAGAGGAAGGAAUCUCCCUUGGUGUAUGGCACACAGUGCCUGAAAGUCAAUGGAAAGAAGCGCAGGGGAAGGACUUGGCAUGGUACCAGAACAGUUUAAGUGAUGGAAGACCAGUUUUCAUAUAUCUUCAUGGGAACACAGGCACAAGGGCAGCCACUCAUCGGGUGGGAGUGGCAAAAGUAUUGAGCGCACUUGGUUACCACGUGCUGGUGCCUGACUACAGAGGGUUCGGAGAUUCCACCGGGGAGCCGACUGAAGCCGGUCUGACCACUGAUGCCCUCUACUUGUACAACUGGGUCAAAGCACGCAGUGGAAACAGCCUGGUCGUCAUCUGGGGGCACUCUCUGGGCACUGGAGUGGCCACUAACACCGCUGUAAAACUGACUGAGCAAGGUGUAGUUUUUGAUGGUGUGAUCCUGGAGGGCGCAUUCAAUAGUGCUCGACAGCAGAUAACAGAUCAUCCUUUUACUUGGUAUUACUGGAAAUUUCCGGGCUCUGGGUACUUUUUCCCGGAUCCAUGGGCAGAAAACAAGAUAGUCUUUCCCACUGAAGAAAAUUUGAAGAAAAUGAAAAGCCCAAUCCUUUUCCUUCAUGCAGAAGACGAUCACUUAGUGCCCAUUCACAUUGCUCAGCAGAUGUAUGAGGUAGCAGCGCGUGCCCAGAAUGCAGAGCGAGUCAAACUAGAGUCAUUUGAUGGUUCUCUGGGGUAUCUGCACAACGGCUUAUAUAGAGACCCCCGUCUGCCUGACAUCAUAAAGAAGUUUGUGCUGUCGUUGUAAUGUUGGAAAGACGACUGAAGCGGAAAGACCUUCCCGGACUUCAGACGCAGAGCACUGAUUUCAUUUGAUCACACACUAUAUUCAAAUAUUUUGUCUUAACGGUUGCAUACAUAUGUGAUUUACUUUCUGAUUCUUAUGAAUCCAAAAUGUUUAUGUUGAACAUUCAUUGUGUUAAGAAUGAAUGCAAAAACUGUUCAGGCAAAUACAUAUUAAACUUAUUCGAGAUAAGA